AUGAUGAAGAGAAAUGUCGAGUAUAUGGGUUUGGAUUGUGCUGCAGACAAGAUGGAUCCGAUGUACAUGCACUAUAAAAUGUUGCUGCAGAAACAAAUACCAUGGGCAUCACAAACCAAAUAUGCAAAAUAUACUGUUUAUUUUGGCGUAGCGGUAAUUUUUGUUGCUUUGGUUAAACAUUCUUACUAUAGGGUUAGAGACAUCAGAUUCAGGUCGGGUUCGACUACAAAUGCGGCUGUGUCACUCAUUGAUGUACUCAUUUCCUAUUGUCGAUUCGUGGGAUAUAAACAGACACCCAGGUACUUGCAAUACUUUGCUUCGUUCCCUAAAUCGGUUGGUUCAGCACUUUUUAUGAUGUUGACUACUUUAUAUUUGGCUUGCUAUUGUUUUGUUCCCCAUUUUUGGUAUCGACCAUGCAUUGGAUUUGGAUCACCUCCGUUGGCAAUUCGAGCUGGAUUAAUGGCAACUGCAUUAAUGCCGUUCAUUUAUGUGUUAUCUGGAAAAUCAAACAUGAUUACACUCCUUACUGGUGUUAGCUAUGAGAAAUUAAACACAUAUCAUCAGUAUGUCGGAGUUGCUGCUUUUAUACUUAGUAUUGUACACACUGUGCCCUUUAUUUAUCAAUUCUUACAAGAAAGCGGUGCAGCUUAUAUGCAUGAUCGUUUCAUGUCUAAACAAAUAUACAUUAGUGCUAUCCCUUCAUUCAUAUUGUUGGGAUUAUUGUGUACAUUAUCAAAAGCAUGGUUUAGGAAACAUUGUUAUGAAAUGUUUUUACAUUUACAUUGGAUGAUGGGGGUUGCGUUUUUUGGUUGCUUAAUGUGGCAUACAAAGGCCGUGUUGGGUUCGUGGGAUUAUAUGUGGGGUGCAUUGGCAUUCUGGUCAACUCAGUUAAUUUUUAGAAUUUUGGUCAAGACGUGUUUUAGACCAAACUCAAUGUUUUUAAGAUCAAGAAGAGCCCAUUUGACUAAACUUGAUGAGAAUACCUAUGAGAUAAAUGUGGACAAUGUUAAAGGGUAUACUUGGAGACCAGGACAACACGUGUUUCUUAGAUUUAAAGGGUUGAGGAUUUUAGAUAGUCAUCCUUUCUCCAUUGGAAGUACAAGUGAACAAGGCGAGGGUAUGAAGUUUAUCGUUGUGCCGCAAAAGGGGUUGACAAAGGUUCACUUUGAAGAAUUGGAUCACCAAAUUGAACUCAACAAGCAAGUGUACAUUGAUGGUCCAUAUGGAGGUACUUUCAGAGAUGUAACCAAGUUUGAAAAGGUUGUGUUGGUCGCAUCAGGUAGUGGUGUCACUGCUACAAUUCCGUUCUUGCUGUAUCUUUCACAAUUGCAUCAACAAAAAUCCCCAUUGGCGGACAACCUUAAGUGCAUCAAUUUUAUUUGGGUAGUUAGGAAAGAGAACAAUAUUGCUUGGUUUCUGGACGAGUUGACAAAAUGUCAAGAGAUAUUAGGUAAAAAACUCCACCUAGACAUACGCGUUUGUCAUCAACAGAACCAAGUUGAUGAGGUUAGAGAUGAUAAGUUCGAUCUUGAAAAGAGUGCUGAAUCAGAUGAUCAAGUGAGUUUUCCUACAUUUCCAAUAACUUAUGGAAAGCCACAAAUCACAAACAUUUUACAUUCUUUAAGGACAAGUUUAUCAAGAAGGAAUAUCGUUGUUUGUUCUGGUAGUCCUUCCAUGUUGGGUCAAGUGUCAGAGACUGUAUCUGAAUUUCAAUCUCUAAUCUUUAAUAAUGAUUUAAGAAAUACUAAUGUUGAAGAGGUUUAUUUGCAUACGGAGAGUUUUAGUUGGUAG